CGACCGCCAUUCGCCGCCAGUCGGCGUACGUACUUUUACCGUGCGGACGUAUUGCGUCACGUGUCUCGCCGCGUUACUCACGACUUGUUUACACACAGUAAACUAACAAUACGAAUUCUUAUUGGUGCGUGAUGAGCCAAACACUUAUAGUUAUACCCUUGUUAAAUCAAUAUAAUUGUAUCGCGUGCUGCUACUGAAUACUGACCUUGUUUGCGCUAGGUGGAUACGGCGCGGAUGCUAUCUGUGAAGUGCGCUGUGUUUCGCUGUUCGGACUCUGUUGGAAAGAUGUCGACGUUGAGUGUGAGGGCGCCCGGCCUGCAGGCCACCACGGUGCUGGACACGAGGUCGCUGCGCGUGCACGGCGUCACCGCACUCGAGGGCGUCAGAAGAAAUUUGUUCGGUUGUACCGACCGAGAGGAAAACAGAAGAUUUGUUGAGAGAGAGUUGGCCCGCCAAUUGGAAUUGGACAGCCAGAGAUGGGGUUUCGACUUCGCAAAUGAGAAACCACUGCCUACUUCGCAGAGAUUUGCUUGGCAACUCGUUCCCGCGUCUACGAUUCCUGCUGCUUUGAGAAGGUCACCGAUCACAAUCACGACGACUCCUGCAGCCAAGGCGCCGACACAGGAGCCUAAAGUUUCCAGUCCUGAGACGAGCAAAACACAGAAGAGAAUAACAGAUUUCCUGAAGCCUCGCAAGCGGUUAUCAGCCAGCGGCAAGAAGUCCCCCGCGUCUCCCAAGUGCGGGCACGGCGCGCACAUCCGCCCGCCGAAGGUUGCGAGGCUUGCGCCCGCGCACAAGCGCACCAGCUAGGCCACACUGCUGACAACACAAAAUUGAACAACCGCUUCGGCAGCUAUGCAGAUGUGGGGACAGCUCCCGACACGCGAGGAUCUCAGGGCAGACGUGACUCCUCACGAUCCCCAGUGUGAAUAUCUGGUACCAAGGACUUGACUGACCUAAACGCCUACCGAACCGUCUAUAAAACUGUUCAAUUUUGCAACACUGGUUGUCAUACUGUGCAUAUUUUUGUUUUAUUAAUUUAUUGUAAUACCGUUUCCAAAUUACUAAUAAUGUUAAGUAAUGAGUAAGUUAGCGUAAGGAAUAUCUUUAGUUCAACAAUUAAUAUAUCAUACGAUAUGUCACUGAACAUCACAGCACAAGUUUUGCUCAAUGCUUCCGCAAAUGCAGAUUUUAUAUCGUUCCGAUUACAUCCCAUACUUUUAUGAAAUUUAAGUUUUCCAAAUGAGUUCAUUUGACUCUUUUUCAAGUAAUUCAGAGAGCCUCAUUCAAUAUAAUAUCCGUAUCUUUAAAAAACAUUGCAAAAUCAUGCAACCGUCUUUUCAUAGCGAGCUAUAAUAAUUGCUUUAAUAAUGGUGUUCAAGAAAGUGAAAUCUAAGACGAGUGUGGCGAUGUAACGGCGCUCACGACCUUACCACAGACAUUCACAAAACUUGACAAUACCGUGACAAUUCGAUAUAAGUUAUGAUUAUAUUAUAUGAAUUAUGAUCUCUUUGAAUUAAGUUAUUUUUAGACGAAGCUUCGGUUAAUUAUAAGAAUAUUUACAAUUCGACGUAAUUCUAAGUUUACGCAGUCACAAUGGCAAUGUCUCGCAAAUGCUAAGACGCACCAAUGGAAAUCAAAUUUUCUUUGCGUCGGAGUAUUUUUGACGCAUUCUCUUCAUAAGAUCACUUUCUGUGGUUCCACCGCUGUCCGCGGGAAACUUGCGAAAGUUUUCACAAACAGAUAGAAGUAUAAACAACACAAAUACUCAAUAAUAAAAGACAUUGUUACCUUACAAGUAACAGUUUUUGCAAUUUUAAAGUUUAAGUAGUACAAUACAGUUGAGUUUGAGUAUUUGUGUUCACAGUAAUAACUACUCGUAUUGCAAAUUAGGAUAUUUGUUUUGUUGUUGUAUUUUAAUGGUUUAUAAUAUAAUUAUAUUGAUGAUUGUUUUUUUUUUUCGAAAUAUUGGUAUUCUAAAUUUUGUUCACAGUUAGUAACAGUUCGGAUAUAUCAAACCGUGGCCCUUUGUGAAAGUACAAAUUUUCUCAUCAGGUUUAGGUCGAGGGCUCACGGUCGCAGCAAAAAGACAUGCAUACCAUUCAUCAUCAUCAUACCCAUUCUAUGUUUAAUAUUGUAACAUUUAUGCUUAGUUUCGAAUAUACCAUACAUCUUGUAUGUUUAUUUUUUCCAUACAACGACAGUUGUAAAGCGUUUAUAAAGCUAACCAAAGCCGUUGUUAUGUUCGCGACGAUUCACACAAAUGAAAUUAAGUAAAUGAACUUUUAUGACUUGACAGAGAAAUAAUGAAUAAUUUUAUAUUGUUGUAAAGGUGUAUUGUGACUACAGAUGUAGUUUAUUGCCUGUUUCAAAUUGACGUUCGUAAUUUAUGAAUUUUUGUGUUUGAUUGUGGUCUCUAGAACUGACGUAGCUUUGAGUAACUCUAUUAAGUUAAUGGAAUAACAAACUAAGAUGAUAUUGUAGCUUUAGCUAUAACAGUUUGUUGUAUAGAGUACGUUGACACUAUAAUAGGUGAUUCUCAAAGAGCCUUUAGUUUGUGAGACUACAUGAGAUAUGGUAUAAUUAUGUUGUUCGAUUCGGACGAGAUUGUGCCUGCUGGGCCACGACUGUCUGCAAUAUAUAGAAGUUAAGUGUCCUCUAUAUGUUUUACACAACAAAUAUACACUUGAGAUCUCCUCAAACAUUAUUACAACGCAUGUGUACAUAAAGCAAUAAUGCAAUAUUAUCAAUAUCAGCUUCUGUUUGCUCAGCAAUUCUAUUAUUAUACAAUUUAUGCAAUACAUACAAUAAUAAUUACAACAUCACAACAAUUUACACAGUUCACGCUAAUUGUCUGCAUAGUAAACAAAACAUUUGGAGGACAUUUACGAUAAUAAUUUUUAAUAUUUUUUUUCUCUUUAACACCUGUGAUGUAUUAAAUAUGAUCUCGAAACAUAAUUUUACUACCUUCAUAUUUAAUUAUUUUAAUAGAGUUAGUUCCGAUGCCUGAGGUGGAAGGAAAGCCUUGUAUCCCUGGAGUGUACUGAGAGAUAAUUUAAUACAUCAGCUGAUUAGCGAGUAGCGUGACGCAACGUGAACAUGUCGGACGAGAGGUUAUUGUAAAUGUGCGUUCCCGAUGCACUGUACAUAACGUGCACUUAGUAUGUAUUUAUUAACGGCGGAACGUAUUCGUAGGUUUAAAGGAAAUUAUAGGGAUACUACAAAUAUUUAACGUAAUAUAUUACUACGAUUAAUUAUUUUAUUGGAAAGUUGAGAGGCAAAUUAUUAAUUAUGUGCCAAAUAUUCCACUCUUGUGUAUAAAUGUUGUUUGGUUUGUGAGCACGGAAUGUUAUGUGGUGGUCGAUAAAUAAAUUCAUGUGCACUCAGCAAUUUACAAUUACUUAGGUGCUAUCCUGUAAAGUUACGAACUAUAUUUUGAGAGGCACCAACCGAAUUUCUUGUUCCUUUGAUGCCAUUCAAAGUUAAUGACUUUAGGGUGCAAAGUGCAUUGAAGCAAUAAUCUGUAUCUCGCAAAUUGUUUUUGUAUGAAUAUAAAUUUAUUUAUCGUUCUCGAUGACACAUUGUUGAUCACAACACAAUGCAUGCAUUUCUUGAAACAAAUGUAAAUAUCAAACAGAAAACAAUUGAUAAUUUUUAUACUAUGUGAACUCUUAGACAUUGUGUAUUGUAAAUUAAGUUGAAAAAAAGCUUCUUUCGCUCUA